CAAUCGGUGAAACCGGUAGAGGGCGGUAUGUAAAAACGGAGGCAGCGCGUCUUGUAAAUCCAAAACAGAGUGGUUAUUGCUUGAAAAGUUUAUCCAAAUAAUCCAUCAUGAGUAAAGCACAUCCACCAGAAUUAAAGAAAUUUAUGGAGAAAAAGUUAGCAUUAAAAGUUAAUGGAAACAGAAGAAUUACUGGUGUUCUUCGUGGAUUUGACCCCUUUAUGAACCUUGUUGUGGAUGAAGCUGUUGAAGAGAGGGGUAAUGAGAAGUAUGAGAUAGGAAUGGUGGUAAUAAGAGGUAACAGCAUCAUCUUGUUAGAAGCAUUAGAGAGAGUAAUUUAACACAAGAACGUUGGACAGGACAUCAGCAUUGUGAUAAAGCACAUGUCAACAGAUUUGCGAGCAAGAUUUAUAAAAGGUCACAACAACAACUGGACACUGCUGAUGAAAGAGAAAUGCCGCAAAAAAGUCUUGCUGCAGAAUAGGUUAUGAAUAAUCAUAUCAUUAAAUGAAGGAUACAUUUAAUAUAUAAGGAUCUAGGUGAAAGAUCAGGGAAUUGGGCUGCUAGAUGUGCUGGAUUCAUCAAUUUGUUGUCCCUGUCUUAGUACUGCAGCAUAAUGGACUCUUCCUUCAGCAAUCCAGCUCAAGAGAGAUGACAAAAUUCUGAAGAUUGUCUUUGUCCUUCUAAUCUUGAAUUGUUAUUUAUAUAGUAUGUUUUGUGAUAGCGCAUAAGCUUUCACAACGAUGGAUGUGUGUGCAUUAUAGAGUAACAGUUGAAAUUGCACAUUAUCUCAAAAACUUUUAGACCUUUCAUUCAUAAUAAAUGGUCUUCCCUGUACAAAUCAUAGAAUAAUGUGCAGUAAUAAUUACAGUAGUAGAAUUUUGAACUUAAACAAAAUUGACUUCAACCUGAUUCAAUAUACUAAUUUAUAAGCCUCUGUGACCGUAAAUAUUUGUCCACACUAUCAAAUUUUAUGCGACAAACGAAUGAUAUGCCCAUAUUUGGGUGUUAUACAGUCUGACAUCAUCAUGCAUCAUGCAAAUUUGUAACAUGAGAUUUGAUGUGUGGUCAAAAUCAUACGGUAUGUACUGUAUACGGUUAAACUUGCUUAAGUUGAAUAAUUUCGACAAAUUGUUGUUUUCCAUUAUUUAACAAUCUGUAAGUCAAUUUUAUUUUGUCUAAGUCGAACAAUAUUUCCAUGGCAUUUUGGAUUCAACUUAGGCAAGUUCAACUGUAUUACCAUUUACAGAAGAAAUUUCAUUUAAAAAAAUGUACAGAAUUUCCAAAAGUCCAAAAACCAAUUUUAAUUGGUAUUGACAAAGGACAGCAGGUAGAACACAAUUUAUAAAUGUUUUAGUCAAAUUUGAUGUUAAUUUGAUUCAACUAACUUUAAACAUGUUUACAGUUUCAAAAAAAUUAAAUUUAAUAAAAAACAAAACCAAAACAUUGGCCAUUUGUACUGCCAUGAUUUAAACUACAUGUUAAAUUGUCUAUACUUGAUAAGUGUCUGGAGGAAAAAUUGUGUUAAAUGACAUUUUAAAAAUGUUGGUUGAACAUAUAUUCAAUUGCAAGCCUGUCAACUGAAUAUAAGUGAGAGGUAGACCAUGCUCCAUUGAGUAGCUAAACAUGUUUUUACAGUGUUUACUCUAUUUUUAUGUUUUUAGUGACAUUUUUCUGUUAGUUAAUCAAUACAACAAAACACCUAUGUUACUCUAAUGAAAGUUAAUAAAUAAGUUUUUAAUUUUAAAA